GAUGGUUAUCCCGUGGAACUGAACAAAACGUGUUUGUUAGAAGCCGCACAAGAUUACCGUUUCCAUCCGCGGACAAAGUUGGAUACGAGCUGGCGUCGACGUGCCAAGACAGUGAGUUGUGAACUUCCUGCCAAGACGUCCGGCAUCCGGCUACUUGUCAAUAUUGUACCAACCAUGGAAAUGCUACGGAUCCUAGUGCCUAUGGAAGGAUCAUCCGAUUGCGCCUAU